AUUGCCUGCUAGCUUGUUGUCAGUACAAGAAUGUCAAACAAAAGCUUGGUGUCAAACAGUUCAAAAACUUUGCUAAAAAAUGUUAUUCGACAUACAGAUUCGCACAAUAAGAUUAUUGAGGAGAACGAGAUGUGGCGCCAGUGGAAGACAGAGCAGCAGGGACCGGAAGAAAACAACCCUUCCUUCCUCAAGGGCCAAUGCAGCGACAUGAGGUACGAGUUUCCAAAGAGAAGAAACAAACGAGCCUACAUGGAUGAAGAGCCACAGAGCACAUUCUGGAUGAAGGAACUGUAUAAGACUGAAGAAGCGGAUGAAAAUAGGUGGGGACACAAUGGGUAUAAGGAGCUUUACCCGGAGCAGUUUGGAUCUUCCAGGAGUCUCACUCACACCUCCUCAACACUGCGUGCCACACAUCACACUGAAAGGCACAAAAAGACAAAAUCACAGAAGCAUAGAAAAAGAGAAAGCAUAAAAGUAGCAAAAAGUGUUGGACAGAUCUCAUACUGAAGACAGUUAUAGCGAAUGCGGUGACACAGAAAGGAUAAGGAAACAGAAGAAAAAAAAACACAUAAAGUGUAAAAGUGACAGCGACUCUGAGACAGGGGUGAUCAUUGUUUAGACUCUUGCUCAAUCAACAGCGAAAUUCAAGGGGAAAAAAAGGAAGAAAAAAAUAAACAAAGUAUCAGAUUCAGACAAUAAACAGACAAAAAGUAACUUAGAUUUCACAUUGAAAAGAAAGGGGUCCCGAAAAAAGAAACAUAAAAGAACAAAAGUGUAUAGAAGCAAUGAUUCAGAUAGUUGAUUGCGAUUAAGGCAUGAUAGCUAAAACAAGUAGGCUCUGUUGCCAAUCUUUUUUUCAGUUGAUAUAUAUAUAUAUAUGAUAUUUGAUAAUUUCAUAAUGACACUUGGUUGGAUAAUCCAAUCUAUCCAUGUUUUAACCAUAGACAUACAACUGUAGACAAACACCCUCAGACACAUUACUUAAGACAAACAACCUUAGACAGAUAACUUAAGACAAACAACCUCAGACAAACAACUUAAGACAAACAACCUCAAAUAAACAUCCUAAGACACAUAGACCCAGACAAAAAACCUCAGAUAAACAUCCUCGGACAAACAUCCUCUGAUACACAGACCUAGACAAACAACCUCAGGUAAACAACUUAAGACAACAACCUACAACAAACAACCUUAGACAAACAACCUCAGGUAAAUAACCUCAGACAAACAACCUCGGCUAAGACAAAC